AUGCCACCCGCCACGCAACCCGAAGCGACUAGGUCCGAUUGUCUCGUUCCCGUCUCCUCGUUGACGCUCGACGCAGUCCAGGAAACACAGCUGAGCCAGCUCGAGACAACGAUAUCUGCGACACACAAACAACCUAUACCGACGAACGUCGAGAUUAGCGAUUCCCAGUCCUCUCACAACUCGCUUCCCGACCCUAUAAAUUAUCGUUACCUGAUCGAACCCAAGGACGAGAUAUGCGUUGCCGACGUCCUCACGAACGACGAUCCAACAUCGCGCGAGGUGCGGCCGAGCCCUAUCCUCGGCGGACGGUGCCCCGCAUCCUCGGACCCCGUGAGCGAGCUAUUCCCUGGCACGGCGGAAAAGACGGAAAAGACGUCCUUCUCGACGGUGGUCCCGUCGCAGGAAUACGACUCGAGCAUCCACCUGAGCCAUUCUCAGACAUCUCAGCUGCCCACCCCAGGACCCGAGUCCGUCGUGUCGGACGCCCCUUCGCCACCGAGGGCGCGGCGCGACCCGUACGACCUCGACUUUUCACGCCCCCUCGAGGAAGCUGGCGAGCAAGAUCCGCCCGGUGGGGAGCAGCCAGUGCAGGGACGGGAGCCAAGAUUCUUUGUUGCCGCGCCUCGCGCUAAAGACGCCCCCGACCAUUAG